AUGAGGCCGUGGCUGCAGCUUGUGCCACUGCUGGCACUGCUCCCGAGCAGCACCGCGCAGCUCGAGCCGCCCGACACGACCGCGUUCGCCUCGUCGCUCGACUCUGCCAACUCGUCGCUCCUCUGGGGCACCUACCGCCCGGGCCUGUACUUUGGCCUGCGCCCUCGACUGCCCAGCACCCUCAUGACCGGCCUCAUGUGGUUCGGCGUUGGCGACUACCAGUCCUACUCCAAACCUCGACACGAAUGCGACCAACGAGACGGGCUCACGUACAGCUUCGCCGAGCACGACGGGCGCAGCGCGGCCAAGCAGGUCCUCAACGACAAGGAGAACAACGUCCGGCUCACGGUGCGGUGGAUCAAGGUCGCAGGCGGGGCAGAAGGCGGCAGCUGGGCCAUGCGCAUCGAGGGCGAGCCGAUCGAGGACGGUGAGUAUCUGCCCCGUCGUCCUCACAAGCUCUCGCGCAUCUCGCUCAUCAACUACUUCGGCAACGACGGCCUACUGAGCUACCUCGAGCUCGGGAACAAGCUGGACAAGUCGGGUCUCGAGAGCCCCGUCGUCCUCAAGGGCUCCACGCCUGGGCUCGGCGGGUACCGUAUCCGCAUCGAGGACCACAAGACCAACGAGGCGCUGUAUCCUGGUCCACACGUAUCCGACUUUGGCGACAAGCUCGAGCGCACGCAGUACAUGGCGCUGGGCGUCCCGGCCGGCAUGGUCUGGCAGGCCAAGAGUGGGUCGCUCGCCCGCCAACUCUCGCCUCCUCAGCUGCUCAAGCCGUACGGCCAGAACAGCCCGCCCGACCCGGCCAUCCUGUUCACGCUCCCGAACGUCGUUCAGCACAACGCCGGCCUGUACGCCGUGCAGCGCGCCUACCAGGGUCGUUGGGGCGUCGAUAUCUUCUUCGACUCGGACGCGUCGCCGAGCGGCCUCGACUACGAUUCCCUCUCGGUCGCUCUCGGUGCCGCCUCCAUCGCGUACCAGGAGCGCUUCGCGGCGCUCUUCCCGGCCAUCUCGACCUUGCCCGAGCGUCAGCAGGCGUUCGCGCGCGCCAUCACGGCCAACCUCGUCGGCGGCAUCGGCUACUUCUACGGCCCGUCGCUCGUCGACCGCACGCACUCGCAAGAGUGGGACGCCGAGGCCGACGCAUCGAACCCGCCGGCGCUCAACGCCCAGGCGACCGAGCCGAUGGAGCUGUUCACGGCAACGCCGAGCCGGAGCUUCUUCCCUCGCGGGUUCUACUGGGACGAGGGCUUCCACCUCGCGCUCAUCGGCGCGUGGGACAACGAUCUCGGCCUCGAGAUCUUCCGCAGCUGGAUGCAGCUGGCGGACGAGGACGGCUGGAUCGCGAGGGAGCAGAUCCUCGGGGAGGAGGCGAGGAGUCGGGUGCCCGAGGCGUUCCAGACGCAGUACCCGGCCUACGGCAACCCGCCGACGCUCAUCAUGGGCCUUACCGGCUUCAUCUCUCGCCUUCGCGACUCGGGCGUCUCGCUCUCGGCCUUCGACGACUCGUUACCUUCAUCGUCAUCGGACCUUUCCGCCGACCCGACUGCGCUCGCAUCGCUCCACCUCAAGUCGCCGACGCUCGCCGCCUCUUUCCUUCGAGGCGUCUACCCCAAGCUCAAGAGCCACUACGAGUGGUUCCGCCGCACGCAGCGAGGCGAGAUCCGGGCGUACGGUCGUCGCGCGAGGAGCGGUCGGGAGGCGUACCGCUGGCGAGGGCGGACGGCUGACCACGUCCUCACGUCGGGCCUGGACGACUUUCCUCGAGCGGUGCCUCCUCAUGCCGGCGAGCUUCACGUCGACCUCGCGAGCUGGAUGGCCUUCUUCUCGCGCACGAUGCGGGACGUCGCCGAUUUCCUCGGCGAAGAGGACGACGUCGACGACUUUGACGAGCAGUUCGAGGCCAUCGUCGGCAACAUCGACGACCUUCACUGGAGCGAUGAGCAGCAGAUGUACUGCGACGCGAGCGUCGACGACGACGACGAGUCGUACCACGUCUGCAACGCCGGCUACGUCUCCCUCUUCCCCUUCCUCCUCUCGCUCCUCCCUCCCUCGUCCCCUCAUCUCGGUGCGACACUCGAGCUCCUGCGCGACGAGGCGCACCUGUGGUCGCCCUACGGCCUCCUGUCGCUCAGCAAGGCGCAUCCGCUGUUCGGCAAGGGCGAAAACUACUGGCGCGGCCCAAUCUGGAUCCAGAUGAACUACCUCGCGCUCGCCGCCCUCAACAACUACGCCAAGGAGCCGGGCCCGUACCAGGUCCGUGCCGCCGAGAUCUACGCCGAGCUGCGCAACAACGUCAUCAGCAACGUGUUCCAAGAAUGGGAGAGGACGGGCACAGUCUGGGAGCAGUACAACGCGGCGACGGGGCAGGGGCAGCGCAGCGACCCGUUCACCGGCUGGACGAGCCUCGUCACCCUCAGUGCGCCCCCUCUCUCUUCC